GCGCAGAGCUUCAGUCGUGGUUUUCAGCUCGACCCAAGCGAACGGACGUCUUUGAAAAGCGGACGCGGCAUAAACCGCACGGAAAACGCAACGAAAUCGAAAGUGUUCACCACGCGACUGGAAUCGCCAAGUGCUCAGCGAGGCGGGGGCAAUAUACCCAUCCGUAAACAUUACGUGUCACCAUGCCGCCGGCUGGUCAACAACUCCGGCUUACGGCCCUUGUUUAUCUGGCAUUAGGUAUUGCACUCUUAUGCAAUGGCAGCGAUGGUGAAACUAGGCAAAAAUACGCCAAUGAAUCACUCGUGGGCGCAGACGAUCCAGCUCCAGUCUGGUCGCAGUUUCUCGAAGAUUACGUCUUGAGCCAAAGCAGCAGUAGCAGUGGCAGCCAGCGAAAGUCCAAAGACCUGCCUUAUAUGGGCGGGGACAUGGGCGUCAAUGGACCGCUCAGCUAUCACUCGUCCGCCUACAAGCGACCCGGCAACAAUAUCUACAUCACCAGGAGGAUCGGCGAGGCGGUGGAACUGGAGCCGCAUCUGCGAAAGCCCGUAGAGAGCCAGAGUCCCAUUGUGAAUCCUCAGUUCCGACCCAUGACCAAUCAAAUGUUGCACCAGCAACACCAACAGAUGCAGCAGCAACAACAGCAACAGCAGCAGAUGCAGCAGCAACAGUUGCAGCAACGCCAGCAACCGGGUUUCCUGCAGCAACUCUUUGGCAUAGGUGGCAGUGGCGGUGGUGGUAGCGGUAAUCCUACUCAGCUCCAGCAGCAUGUGCGACCAGUGCCGCUGCAACAGCAACAAGUGCAACAGAUACCGCAGCAACACCCGCAACAGCAACAUCUUGUGGGCGGUCAGCCGACUACAUUCCGAGCUGUCUCCGAAAAUGAUCUUUAUCUCCUGGGAGCCAUUGAAAAGUUGGUAUAUCGAGUGGAUUACCUGGAGAGUCGAGUGCGCCGCUCGGAGCAGCUGAUCUACUACCUGAUGGCCGGGAACAAUCAGAAGGAGGUGAAGGAUCCCUGUCCCGCGAACUUCACCCGCAUCAGCGACAACUGCUACUACAUCAACAGCCAGCAGCAGGUGAACUGGAAGACGGCGAACUCUGCCUGCAAGGGUCUAAACUCGCACCUGGCCGAGUUCGAGAAGGUCUCGGAGAAUGAGGAGAUCAUGGCCUAUCUGCUGAACCAGCCGGCGCAUCGUGGUCGCGAUUACUGGCUGGGCGGUCUCAAUCCUGGCCUACUCUGGAUCUGGUCCAACUCGGCCAAGCCAGUGAAUCCCAACAUGAAUCUCACAUCCAUUGCGAUGGCCCAGAAGGGGGAGAACUCCACGGCCGCCAAUCUGGUGGACAGUUCGGAGCAGACUGCAGAGGAAGCGACCAGCGAGGAUGUGCUGAACAACACGGUGCAAAUAGAGGGCAAGGGUCGCUGCCUACGGCUGAGUUACAAUGCCGGAAAGCACAGCUAUGUGUACUACGGACAGGAGUGCACCUCGCGGCACUACUACAUCUGCGAACACGAGGACAAGACGCUGGACAACAAGAUCAAGAAGAUCAGCCGCGAGCUGAAGCUGUUCGAGUGAGGAUGGGAUGCAAUCCAAUCCGAUCCUCAUGUGAUACUUCCAGUUACCUAGCCAUAUAUCGCAUAAUUUCGAAUGAAUUUAUUCUUGUGUUACACAUUAAAUAUUUAUAAAUAUUUAUACAAUUAAUAAACAUACCGGAUAGUUUUCAAAACGUU